UUAAACCCUACGGAUUAAGAAUGGGAUGUCAUUAAAGUUAAUGUGCACGUAAAGACAGGCGUCCCAAAACUUUUGGCAAUACGGUGUAUAUGAUUAUUAAAACAACUAUCGCCUCUAUUUUAAGGCCUGCCCUGGCAUUUCUAUGACACUUAAUUCUUGUUGUGGCUGAAUUGAUAAUACAUAAUAUAACUGAAUGUAAUAUAUAGAUAGAAGGUAGGCUUUGAGUCAAAAUUAUACAAAUGUGUUUUCACUAGCAUUUAUACCUCCUUAAAUGUAAAUUCCAGUAUAAUAUUUUUGUAAUAGCUGUUGAAUGAAACAGAAACGAACAAAAAGUAAUUUAACUGGUCAUUUCCAUAAAGGUUGGGGCAAGUUUUUAUAUGUUUGAAUGUAUGCAAGUUAUUGCAUACAUUCAAAACAGUGGUUUAAUUUUUGUUGCCCUUUACAGUUUUAGUGUUUUGUCUUUCAUUAGCACACUAUGUGGAGUAAGGUAAACGUGUUCAUUUUGAUUCUGGGUUAAAUGUUUAAUAGCUUUUUAUUACCAAGACGUAUCCGGUAUUUUUCUAUGCAGAAACUGAUUACCAAAAGUAAAGCCACCCUGAGAAAUAUUCACUGAAAUUUGAACUCCCUUAGUCUCCCUAAUAUUAAAACAAUAUAUAUAAUAAAAAUGUUUGCAGUCUCAUGAUGAAAGAUCAGCCAAAAUUGCCUCUGAAUUUUAUCACAAAAAUAUAAACCCUGCCCACAAGGCAAGUGUUCUGCUGUUUUAUGAAGCAACAAAGUGCUUCUUAACACAGAGUUUACACUUAGUGGUUUUAAAUGGGUUUACAUACAUAUAAAAUCUUGAAACUGUGAUGUGUGCUGUUAUUGGUGCUGAUGUUGAGGGGUUGGGCUCAGUGACUCCACUGUCACAACCUAAAAGCGCACUGAUCCAUCACACACAACAUCAGUUUAGGAAGAGCGAGCAGGCAAGAAUGCUGCAAAAUCGGACUUUUACCCAGGGGACUGCUUAGAGAGCAGUUUUAUUAUUUGUUUUUUUUGGAUGGACAAUCACAUGCACACAUAAUCGUGUUAGGAUAUGUGAGUGUUGCAGAGGAAAGGCAUGCAGCCAGAUGAGCAGAGCUAAGAGGAUUUAAUGCAGCUGGACAUAAGCCACGCUGAGUAAAGAAGAAGAUUAUAUUGUUUUAAUCAAAUGCAAAAAAGUUUUUAUUGCUGAUCGCUUUGAGUUUGGACUGUCGAGGAGCGAUGUUUGUCUUCACCCGGUUUCAUCCUCUCUUUUUGCAAUCCGUGGACGACUCUGUAAGGAUGCUCACUGCACAGAGAUGUAUGGAUCCAGCUCUACAGUAGAAAGGCAUACUGACACAAGACCUUGCCACAAGUGGACCUGAUCUUUACUAACUCAGAUCUGGACUCAUAAAACACAAGAUGUGCCAGUGUUACCCUGCCCUGCUUAUGCUCUGCUUAUACAUGGUUACAUGUGGCGCGGAGCUCAGAGCAGCUCUGUCUCCUCUGGGUUGGGGAGAGAGUGAUAAGAAGGAAAGUGUCUCUCCUUACGGCUCUCGUUCAGGGAUUCUCAAAUCCCUGCGGCUUUUCUCCCACACGUCCCAAUCUAACAGCCAGAGCCGUGAAGCUGCUCCGGACCCUGGGGCACUGGAUCUGUGGGCUUGGUUAUCUAACCACACUGAUACCGAAGGAACCCUUUCGAGGGCCAAACGUCGUCCCUAUGUGAAAACAGGAAAGUUUAAGAAGAUGUUUGGUUGGGGCGACUUCCAUUCAAACAUCAAAACAGUCAAGCUCAACCUUCUCAUUACUGGGAAGAUUGUUGACCACGGCAACGGAACCUUCAGCGUCUAUUUCCGCCACAAUUCCACCGGCCUGGGCAACGUGUCUGUAAGUCUGGUCCCACCUUCCAAGGCUGUCGAUUUUGAGAUCACUCAACAGGAAACCAUAGAGGUACCCAAAGACAAUAAGGCCUUCAAUUGUCGAGUGGAAUACGAGAAGACGGACCGCAGCAAGAGGACGUCUGUUUGCAGUGACUUCCCAAACAGGGUAUGCUUCCAGGAGCAGACCCAAAGCCAUGUCUCCUGGCUUUGCUCCAAGCCGUUCAAGGUCAUCUGCAUCUACAUUGACUUCUUCAGUGCAGACUACAAGCUAGUACAGAAGGUCUGCCCAGACUACAACUACCACAGUGACACUCCCUAUACCUCUGUAGGAUAGCACAGCCUAGAUUGGAUGUGUUGAAGCAUCUGAGGUGACAACUCAGUGUUACAGCCUCUCCGGCCUAUAGUUUCCUUGUCCUGUUCCACAAAGAUCUGGAUAAAUGGAAGCAAGGUCAGAUGAGGAACCACUCUUUCUAUUCUACCAGACUUGUCCUCCUUCUAGGGCAGUUAAUGAAAGGAGAAGUUCACCCAAAUCAGAAAUUGUUUAUUUCUGCCAUCAUUUUUACAAUUUAUGUUUCUUUUCCAGAGAAGAAAGUUUGGAACAAAAUUAGGGUAAAUGAUGACAGAAUUUUCUUUUUUGGGUGAACUAACCCAAACUUAACCCAGGCUUAAGAGCUGAUUUCCUGAAGGCUGAUUUGUGUUUUUAACUUACGCUUGGGCAAAACCAACACAUCUACAGUUUCCACAGUGACCCCUAACCCUUUAUCAGUGACUGUUGUGAUGUCAUCAGUGUGAAGUUAUAAAAGAUACAAAAAUUUCCCAAUCAACAUAAGCUGGGAUUCAAGAACAACACACAAAAAAAAAUAAAAAAACAUCUUGUGUUGCAGCCAUUUGUGAUGCCCUCCUUUUCAUGCCAACGUUUUUGUGUUCACAAAAAGUCAGUAACUAAGAUUAAUGUUGAAGCCAUAAUGUGCUCCACUGUAUCCUUAGAUCUUUUGUAUUUUGUUUCGUUAUUAAAGAAAAAGAUGAGAUUUGA